CUAUAUGAGGAGGGUAUUGUAAGUAACCCAUAUGUAUUUUCUUUCAAGGUUAACUUUGGCAUCUUCUUAAAAAUUCUCAGGGUGCUGGUUUCCAAACUAAAAGCUCAGCAGAUGAGCUUUCAUGACUACAAAUACAGAUUGGCGAGAUCUACACUUGUUCUGAUUCCACUCUUGGGCAUCCAUGAGUUUUUAUUUACCUUCAUCACUGAUGAACAGGUGGAAGGACUUUCAAGACAUAUAAGACUUUUCAUUCAGCUGACAAUGAGCUCAUUUCAUGGUUUUUUUGUAGCAGUUUUAUACUGCUUUGCUAAUGGAGAGGUGAAAGCAGAGCUCCAGAAGCAGUGGUCCCGUUUCCUGCUGGCAGAUCCUUUUGGCUGUAAACUCUGCUUUCUUGGGGAAAACAUAAAAUACCUCAGGAAAUGUUCACAGAAACGAAAAAAACAGCACCUUGGCAGUAAACACCACUUGUGCCUGGAGGCAAGAGAGUCCUGGGGCAUGCAGUUCCAGCAAGUGCUAGUGAAGCAGAGAACAGAUGGCAGCCCAGAGCCAGGCUGUGCUCUCCCACCUCGUUCACGGGCAAGCAUGUCGGACAGCAGUGAAGGAGAAGUCACCACUGGAGAGACAACCGAGGAAGUCUUAGAAGAAAGCGAGAUUUAG